AUGAUUGGAAAAUGGAGAAGUGAAUUUGGUGGUAAAGUUACCUGGCCAACAAUUCCAACAAUGACAUUUGGAGAAGAAAUUGAAAUUGGUGAAGGUUAUGAUACUUUUGUUGAUAAUAAAAUUGUUCAUUUUCUUAAUUUUACUGCAAAAGCCUGGAGUCAUACUAAUAAAGAUCAAUUUCAUAGUGAAUGGGGACAUUUAAUUGCUAAUAGAAAUGGUCAAGUUACUUUAAUGACAUCAGGUGGUAAUGGUUUUGCUAAAUAUGAAGUUGGUUCAUUUGUUAAUAAUGAUAAAAUUAUUCUUAAUCUUAAAGAUAUUGGAAGAAUAUCAUUUUCAAGGGAUCUUCCGGUUGAAGAUUUACGACGAACAUUUGUUAAGGUUGGUGAUAAUUAUAUGGAGCAAAUACUAGAAAUGAGAACAGCAACACAUCCAGAAACGGGUCUUCUAAGGCAUUCAAAAGUUGUAUAUUCAAGGAUAAAAUAA